AUGGAUGUAGAAAACCAGUCUAUAGUGUCAGAAUUUGUAUUUCUUGGACUUUGCCAAUCAUGGGAUGUUCAGAUCUUACUCUUUGUAAUAUUUUUGAUGCUUUACCUGAUCAUUGUGUUUGGAAAUAUUGUUAUCGUGAUUUUAAUCAUCACUGACCCACGUCUCCAUUCCCCCAUGUACUUUUUUUUGGCCAACCUGUCCUUCGUCGACAUGUGGCUUUCCUCAGUUACCACUCCCAAAAUGGUCACCGACUUCCUCAGGGAAAGCAAGACCAUUUCCUUUGGAGGCUGCAUGUGCCAGAUCCUGUUUGUCCACUUCAUUGCAGGGGGUGAGAUGGUGCUACUGGUGAUAAUGGCCUAUGAUCGCUAUGUGGCCAUCUGCAAGCCACUCCACUACUCAACCAUUAUGAAUCUGCAAAAGUGCAUUGGGUUAGUGAUGGCAUCCUGGAUUGCAGGCUUUUUGCAUGCAAUGAGUCAAAUGGCUGUAAUUGUGCAGCUGCCUUUCUGUGGCCCGAAGGAAAUAGACAGCUUCUUUUGUGAUAUACCACUGGUGGUCAAGCUGGCUUGCAUGGACUCCUACAAUUUGGACAUUUUAAUGAAUGCUGACAGUGGAGUUGUGGCUGUUACAUGUUUUAUUCUGCUGCUGAUAUCCUACACAUAUAUUCUUCUCACUGUGCGCAAAAGCUCUAAAACUGGAGCAUCCAAGGCCCUCUCUACCUGCACUGCCCACAUCACUGUGGUGGUGCUCUUCUUUGUGCCCUGCAUCUUCAUCUAUGUGUGGCCUCUCAGCAACACUUGGGUAGAUAAAUUUCUUGCUGUGUUUUAUUCUGUUAUUACACCUCUUCUUAAUCCAGCCAUUUAUACCUUGAGAAAUAAGGAGAUGAAAAAUGCUAUGAAGAAAUUUAGAAACUGCUGA